UAGAUUAUUUUUUGUGCCAUUGUUGUAUCUCCUAAAACACUCCUCUUUGGGGGGAUGCUGCUGCCCAACUCUUCGCCUGGAAUACAAAAUUUCUGCUUCUGAAUCUGUACUCAUGUCACAAUCCAGCUGAGGAGGAGUUUCAUAGAUCAGAAUGACCCGACACUCGAAAAACUGCACAGCAAGUUCUGUUUACUCAUAUCACGAAAAGAAGAAAGACGCAAAAUCAUCUGGGUAUGGUUCUCUGAAGCUACGAUAUGGAAAGGAUGGAGUGAAGGAUUUUGACUGCUGCAGCCUCUCCCUUCAUCCUUGCCGUAAUCCCGUGGUUACGCCUGAUGGUAUUUUGUUUGACAAGGAAUCCAUCCUGGAAUAUAUUAUUAGUAAGAAGAAUGAGAUUAGCCGUAAAAUAAAGGAAUAUGAAAAGCAAUGCAAGAAGGAACAGGCAGAGAUUGAGGAGAUUGGAGAAGCAGAACACCGUUCCCGCAUUGAGAAGUUCUUGAAGACAGAGGGAGCUGUUGCUUCUGCUUCCCAGGCUGCCCAAGGUUCCAGUACAAGUGAUACUAACAAGGGUGCUUCAGUGUCUAACAUGGCUGCUGGGAAGGACAAGAAACUGCCCAGCUUUUGGAUCCCUUCUCUGACACCUUCCAGCAAGGAAACAAAAUUGCAGAAGCCUGACAAGACCGUCUUUUGUCCCAUAAGUGGAAAGCCUUUAAGAGUAAAGGACCUUGUUGAUGUCAAGUUCACACUGGCUGAUCCAGAAGACAAGGGUCUCCUUGAUGGCCGAAGGGACAGGUACAAGUGCCCAGUCACAGGGGACAUCCUGAGGAACAACAUCACAUGUGCUAUUCUUCGACAGACAGGUCAUGUGGUUACAUUGGAUUGUAUUGAGAAAUUGGUGAAGAAAGACAUGCUGCACCCAAUUACAGGAGCAAAACUCGUAGACAAGGACAUCAUUGUAUUGCAGAGGGGAGGAACAGGCUUCUCAGCUGCCAAUGAACAAUUGUCAAGCGUGAAAGCCAGACCGGUGUUGCAAGCUUAAUAUGGAAACAAGAAUGUCUUUGAUAUUGUAAAGUUUGUAUUUCCUUUUUAUAAGAAAGUGACCUUUGCUUGAAGUCAGUAACUCUUAAGAAAUAUUACCUUUUAUAUUGUACUUCAACAUUUUCUUAAUUUUUUCUCUUUUCUUUUUCUUUUCAUUUUCAAUUUUUUUGAAAGAUCCAUUAUUUUUAAUUACAUGACAGGAUAGGAAUGUAAAGAUUUUAGACAUAGAUGGUGACUGGUUGUUUUCCAUAAAUUCCUGUACACUAAGUAUCGAAGCAGAACUAUUGUGUUCAUACUUUACCUUGAUAUGAAUAUGAACUAUCAAAUGAUUUUAACCUUUUGAAAUAAUUUGAAAUCCUGGUUACUUCAUAACAAAGGUUCAUUCAUAUGUAUGUAUGUAGUAAAAUGGUACAAAGGAAAGUCCCUUAGUAAAUAUGCAACAAACCCUACCUUAAAUUUCAAACUAAAAUUUGAGACAACAAAAAUCUAUGUGGCCAGUGACAAAUGUGAUAUAGAAAAGUAACAGUAUAUCCUUCACUGACCCUGAUAAAUGAUAGAAGAAUGGACUUACUAUUCUGAAAAUCUUUUGAACUUUUUAUACUGUCAGGAGUCUAAUUUUAUCCCGUCAAUUAACUGAAGCUGUUGGGGAUGGCAUGUAUGUACGUGUAGUUCCCACUGUGAGUUUAAUUUAUUAAUUGUUUUUACACAGAUGGCUUCACAAGUACUAAGUCACCGGUGAGUCAGUUACGAGUAUUACCUGUCUCACCUGUUAACCAUUUUCCUUGAUUUUUGAAAAUAUUUUGUGGCAUCUAAUAAUGCUGUUAGUAAUGUCAAUAGCACUAUAAUAUUUUUAAUGUCUACAAUAAAAUAACAUAAAUAUUGAUAGCAUUAGUAGAAACAGUGUUUUUCUGGCAAACUCAAAGGAAAGGUGAAAUCAAGUGAGCUCACAAGGUCUACUAAUUGACUCCUUUGUAGCUAAGCACUUGCAGAGCCAUCUCUUUGCAGAGACAUUUCCCAAAGCAAUCUAACAGUGAAUACAUUUUACUUAACAUGGGUUAAGGAAGAGUUUAGAAUAUAAAUUAUAAGAAACAACCAAUUUUAUUUUUCUCAUCAUACAUUGACUGAUAACAGAGAAACAGUUGCUGGCAAACAUAUAGACAAUUAAAAUUUAAUCCAAUGAAAAUGAUAAAACACAGAUAAAAAACAUUUGUAUAUGACCCUGUAUUCAUAAUGUGGUAAUUACCGUUUGAGGUGUUUUGACUUUCUUUGAAUGGAAAACCUCUAGAUAUACAAAAUGCUAAAUAUAUUUUAGGACAAAAAUAGUAUGGUGUAAGGUAUCUAUGAAAAUAUAAAGCAAUUUACUCA